UCCGCAGCCUGCUCGUGGCUUCCGGGUUGGUUUCUCCGGCCUUCGGGCUGGCGGAGCGCGGCGGAUGCCCGGGGUCUUAGAGACGUCAUGUUCCACAGCGUGUGGGGCUCCGGGUGCGGGAUACGGACGGUGCACACUCUGCUGACGUGCGGGGUGUCCCUGGUGCUGCUGCUGCAUGACACGGAUCUUUAUUCCCGGGAGGAUGUUUGGAUCCAGCCGCGGCCCCUGGUCUUUGUGUUGAUGGUCACCUGCUCCACGGCGCUGUAUUAUGGCGUGUCGCUCAUGGACCCGGGCUUCGUGCUUACCGACUGUGAUGAUAAGUACCUACCUCUCCCAACGAAUGAGCAGCAGGAGGUGACAUCACUGAACCCCGGCGCAGUGCGGAUGAGGCGCUGCGGCUACUGUCUGCUGAAGCAGCCAAUGAGGGCUCGGCACUGCAAAUCCUGCCGGCGCUGUGUGCGGAGAUACGAUCACCACUGCCCCUGGAUUGAGAACUGUGUGGGAGAGAAGAACCAUCGCGUCUUCAUCCUGUACCUGGCUCUUCAGCUGGUAGUGCUGCUCUGGGCCAUCCGCAUUGCUUGGUCUGGAUUUUACUCUGCAGGGACCUGGAGCGAGUGGCUGCGCACUAACAUCUUCUUGCUGGCGGCCUCCAUGGUGAUCGGGUUCGUCACGACGGUGGUGAUUCUGCUGCUGGUCAGCCACCUCUACCUCAUCUCCUGUAAUGUCACCACGUGGGAGUUCAUGUCCUACCAUCGCAUCUCCUACCUGAAGGACUGCGACUCUGACGCUAACCCCUUCGACAGGGGCGUCCUCCGGAACUUGUGGGGCUUCUUCUGUACGUGCGGUAACGUGGCCUGGGAACGGGUCUAUUCCAGAGACACUUAUAAUACCGUAUGAGAGGGGAACAAAACAGACUUAUCCCCUACAGAAAGGGAAGGAUUGGGUGAUCUCUACAUCACAGCAAUGGUCACAAGCAGUAUUGGCCAUGUUGCCUCUCAGGACAUAUCUAUAGGAACAGCGUCAGUCUGGACCAUUGAUCCCUCCACAUGACGGUAAAGACCAGAAUAUAUAUGGAGACCUACACUGGUAUUUACAGAAAUCUACCGUGUUGUGUACACCGCUCCUACUGACCUGUGUGAGUACACAGAUAUGAGUAAACCUCGCAGCUCGGCUGUUGAUUACUUUAGUCUGCGUAAAAAUAUUAGUUCAGCUUUCCAAGGUCUCUGGUUGCCUGGAAAAGUCCGGGAUGACAGUCUUAAAAGGGGUAUUCCAUGAAAAAACUUUAUAUUUCAACUGGCUCCAGAAAGUUAAACAGAUUUGUAAAUGACUUCUAUUA